AUGGAUACUAAUUGGGUCAUCGACGCCGUUCACGAGGUUCAGGGCGAGCUCUGGGUUGACAAAGUGAAUGAAACCCAUAGAGCAGGCCGCCUCUGUCCAUGGGUGUCAACAUUCCACAUUAAUAACCUUCCUUGCCAACUUGCUGGUACAUUUCAACAUGGCUCAUAUAAUGCUGGUGUGAAGGUGGUUUUUAGUGACAACACAGCAUGGAUGGUGCGCUUCCCUCGUAGAGGGAAGGUUUGUGACACUUAUGCCGAUGAAAAGGUUGCCAUGGAGGUUGCUGCUCUGAAUCUCAUUUAUGAACAAACUACUAUUCCUGUCCCAAAAGUUCAUGCAUGGGGUUUGGCUGCCAGCAAUGCUCUUGAUCUGGGCCCAUUCAUUAUGAUGGAUUUCAUGGAUGGGGUCAGUCUUGACAACAUUCUUAUAGAUCCUAAUGUUGACAACCCUACCCGCCUUAUGAGAGAAGAUAUCAGUGAUGACGAUGUCAAAUUCAUUUACCGGCAGAUGGCCAACUAUCUUCUUCAACUUUUUGAACUGGAUUUUGACCGGAUUGGUAGCUUGUCAUGGCCAGGAGCUGAAGCCAAUAGCACAGCACGCCCACUGACAUUCAAGGUGCAUAGUAUUUUGCAGAAUGGGGGGGUGACCGACAUCAAGGGUUCAAGACAACAACAGAUUACUUUCACGAAUCUAGUUGUUAAAAGCAAGGAAGAUCUCACUGUGGUUGGAGUGGUGGAUCUUGAAUGGUCAUACAUUGGGCCUGCCCAAUUGUUUGGCUCAGCGCCCUGGUGGCUUUUACAAGACAGACCGGUUCACCCCGAGUGGGAUGCGGAUGCCAAUGGCAGCAAGUUGUCUCAUGUUGGAACCCGCUAUAUAAAACAUUUGGAGAUGUUCAUAUCCAUCCUUGAGGAGGAAGAGAAAACUAUGCCAGGGCAUGAAGAUAAAGAACUCUCAAAUCUUGUUAAAUGGUCUCAAGAGUCAGGGGCCAUGUGGUUGCAUAUGCUUCUCUCAUCCGGAUUCAAUGACCACCAUGUCUUUCCUUUUAUGCAACUACGCCAACAUCUCGGUAGGGAAUGGACAACAAAAGAGGAAGAAUUGAACAUUUCAAAUGAUGAGCUGGAGGCAUUUGCAGCGCGGAAAGUGAAUGAGUUGGAUAACUAUGACGAGAUUCUGGACUACAGGCGGGAGCACCUGGCGCUCGUACGAAACGGGAAAAUGUCGAAGGAGGGAUUCCUCGCUCUUAUAAAACAAAACUCUCCCGCGAAUGCCAACGAUUUGAGAGAGCCUAUUUCUUUAGACUAA